CGCGUUUAUAGUACCCCAAAAUACGCGAAGAAGUCACACAGACGAUGGGGCAAAUUUAUAGUACCUGAUACCUGGAGAAUUGUAAGCGAGCACAUUUGUUGACGGAAAAAGAAAGACCCCAAGACAGCCUUAUACGAUAUAACAGAAAUGUCGUAUUGUAGAAAUGGAGAGAUUUGACACAAUACCGGGAGCGAUAUGGCAAGACACCGCCCCACCUCCAUUCGGGUUUGUUUACAUCACGUGGUCGGCUCAGCUGACUAGGCGGUGUUCCAGUGUAUUUUCUCUCAUUUGCAUUGUCUUCACCCUCACAUCCGCCAAGGCUCUUCUGUCACUCUCCUUCAUCCCAUUAUGUGACCUUGAGUCUACGUGGGUGAUGUCAUUACCUCAGGAACCAAGAACACUGCCGGACGCAGCUUACAACGCCAAUAGACCAACCUUCACCUGACACUUUGUUGAGAGAACCACAGCAUCAUGUCAAGAUGGCAGGCAGAACCAAGCAUCCUCAGAGCCACAGCUUUCCCAUCAGGGCCUCUGAAUCUCCCUCAGGGUCUUGACAUCCAGCCCACCAUUGCUCCCCCAACCUUUAGGCCAUGGGGGUCCAAUUCUGCCAACGAAGAUAUUGUGGUGCUGGCUGAGUUCUCCGAGAUUGAGGGACCCAUGCCUCUGCUUUCUAUACCUCAGCUACCAUCACUCCAAAUUGACCUCAAUGAUUUUGUGGUGAAGGUUUUGUCCACAGACUACCUCAACACAAGUGGUGAGUUCCGGGUGUAUGAGGAUACUCAGCUAGUGCAACAGGACCUGACCCCUGGAGUGCAUGUGUAUGUCCAUUACUUCACUCUCUACGAUGUCCGUGCUCGGGGCUUCGUGCGACCCAUGUGCCUCUCCUACAUCUCAGCUGAUCACCAGAAGCUGCUGUACUACUUUUCACACCUCAAACAGAAAUUUACAGCCGCUACGGAGUUCUUGAAAAUGAGCAACUUCACCUGGUUUUCAAAGGAGAUGGAAGGCUUGAUUCGGGACCUGGAGUACACCAAGGAUCGCUUCAUUCAUUCCCAACGCACCACCUUUGCUCCCCCGUCCCUUGAAUCUACAAGAGACUCUCCUUCUAAUGAGGAGGACGCAAAUGAUUCUCCAAGUAAGAACAAGAGCAGCAGUGUUGUUAUGACUGUAGAACUUAAUGAAUCGUCAUCUAACGUAAGUCUGCCAAACCCCAGCCAGUUGUUCUCAGAAGAUGUUCCUCCAAUAGAUGCCCCUGACCAAACCAAGAGGGAAGACCCUGGCCUUUCCCCUAUAAAUGACACAAGUCCCAAGGAGGAGGGGGAGGAGGCUCUUUUAAAGCACACUACACUAGAAAGCUUAGCAACCCAGCUCAUGGAGUGUCAGCAUAUCGUGGAUGUCAUCAGGCCACAUAUGGAAAAGAAGGAUAUCAAAGAAGACCUGAAUAAUUUGACUGAGCUUAUCAUGUCUAGCACCCAUUCACCACUCUUCAGAGCAAUGAAAGAUUUAGGGAUGCUGGAGAAGCCUGAGGUCAAGAGCCAGCCAGCCAUAUGCAUCAUGUCUCUCAUGAAGCGAAAUUUCCAUGACAUGCGUUCCAUCCAGCAGCUGUGUGGAGUAGGCUACGUGCGGUGCCUGUUCCAGCUGCGGGCCAUCUAUGAGAAAUUCUGCAAGCCAUUCCUUACUCUUAGAUUUGAGGACCUUGAUAGUGAGAUUUACAAAAACCCAUUUGGCUCCCUGUUCAUAGGGAAUAUGCCUGUCAUCAAUAUAUUGAAAAAUGAGGAGAGCAACAAACCCUCACCCCAGACCAGUCCAUACUCUGGCUUAUGUUGGGAUACUCAUUUUAUAAAGUUUCUCAGGCAUGGUACAUCCCACGUGUCCACUCCAGACUCAGAGUUCAUAGCUGCUGUGGACAAUCCCUUGGACAUAUCUGUUAUAUCUGCAGCAGCUGACUGUCUGGAAGUGUUCUCUCGCUCAGGGGAAGAGAAGGACUCCUCCAGUGUACAGUCGCCAGAAAGCCAGAAUAGCAAAAGUGAAAGUUCUGUCAAGCAGGACUCUCCCAGGACUCCAAGGGACAAAAGAGAUGCCAAAGAUAUAAUAGAAGCUCCAGGACUUCAGGGAACGAAGGACACCAUUGAUAACAAGUCUUCUAGUUCACAGAUGACUAAAGACAAGAAAGGUGGCACUGAGGAAAAAAAAAAGGUGCUGGUUACUCAGUCUAGUGUGACCAGUAUGAGCAGCUGGACUUCCAACCCGACUCUGGACUUGGUAGAAUACGAAGACAUCCACGAGGAGGAGGGUGUGGAGGAAGAUGUCUCCACUUUGGCCAAGGGAGAAUUAGUCCCUCAAGUAGAUAUUGACAACAGGAAGGUAAUCAGUAAAGUAUGUCGCUUGGCUGGUCUGGUGCAGCAGUUUUGUGGGGUGUCUCACUGUCUGGUUCACUCCCUACUCUCUGGCCGGCCUGUUCUGAUUGCUGCAGAAGACGUUUACAAGCCGACUGUCAUCAUGUACGUACGGGCCCUCUCCACCCUCCUGCCACGGGCUCCAACUGCACAGCUGCCAGUUCUCAGAUGGCACACUGGCACUGUGACAGAGCACCACUUGCAGCAGUAUAAAGUGAUGGGGGUGUGCAUCCCUGAACGCCUCCAUGUCCAGGACCUCAUGUCAAAUGCAACACUGAACCAAGUGACGGUGCUUAACAUCGAGACAGGUCACAUCUCGGGGGUGGCCUACAGUGGCACCCUGGUUCGGGGGGUGGAGCACUAUGGCCGUAAGUUGUUUCACUCAAAUUCUGCCCUCCAGACAUGCCUGCAGUCUAUCAUAAUUGGUCUGGGUCUGAAGGUGUACCUGCUGCAUCACUUGAUGGGUGUUACCAACCGCACCACAGGGGAGAUCUUGAAGGGUCUUGGGGUGGCUAAGGGAGACUGGGAUAUUAUAAUUUAUUUGGCUACACUGCUUCAAAAACAGUUGAAAAUGAAGCAGGAAAGUCUUUCAAUUAAUUAGCUUCAUUACUUACUUGUAGUGGUUAUGAUUCUUUGUUGAUUACAUAUCCAGUAUUAUCCCUAUCAUUAAAAUUCAGUGUUUGCACAGAUUUCUUUUUAAUGUUUUUGCCACUUAAUAUUAAAUUUAAAUAUUAUGCUACUUUUGAAGUGAGUAAAGCCUCAAAUGGCAAAGAUUUGACUCCUAAGUAAAAAUUCCAAACACAUUAUUCAUGUUAUAGAUUUUCUCACAUGAUAACAAAGAAUUGUUAAUUUGAAGAAUAAUUCACUCAGAAAUGGUAUAGAAUUUUCACAUUACUUGAAUCCACAUAUAUGAAAGUAUACAUUAAACUUAAAAAAAUAAGAUAAAAAUAAAAUAAUAAUAAUAAAUAAUAAUAAUAAUAAAAUCAAUCAAUAAAUCUACAACAAAAGUUUGCACUUAUACUAGUUUUGCUCAUGACUACUAACAUCAUCACUUGAAUCAGUGUUAAAGAUAUAAAAUAACUUAGUCCAGUACGUUAACAAGGAGCCAGAUACAAUGUCAGUCUCUCACUUGUUUGUUCUGUUUCACAUCUAGUCAGGCACUUGAUCUUUUAGGUACUGGAGUGUUUUCUUUCUUCCUACCCAUUUCACUGAAGUGCCUACCACUGUCUAUUUAUAAUGGGUAUUUUGACAAGAGAGGAUGGAUGAAUUUAGCAAUACUAAACCAAAUUAAAAAUGCUACUUCAGUUGUGAAUGGCUGCUUAAGUAGCAGCAUAAUGAUGUAAGAUUUUUUUUAUCAUUCAGAUCCAUAACAAGUGAUAAUAAUAGCAUAAUGAAGUCCAUAUUUUAUCAUUAAGAAAUGACAAUAUAAAAUAGUUAUUUUAUCAGUAGCAAGUAGUUCAAUAGUCAUUUCCUUUUCAUUUUUCUUGCCCAAUGACAAGAGUACAUUCCAUAUCCUGUUGCUCAAGGCAGAAUAAACUUAUCUCACCUCUUAACAAUAAGAAGUCAUUUAUCAUGUAAAUCAUGAAACCUGUGUAGGUGGCUGUAUUUGUAUAUUUUCUUAAGUGCAAUAUAAUUUUUAUUAAUCUCUGUUGAUCUUGUUAAACAACCUUUACAAUACAUAGCUGAGAGAGAAGUUUGGAUACAGAUAGGGCUGUCUCUGGAAUGAAAUACACAAUUUACACAGGAAUUAAUGGUGGUUAGGUUUUGUGUUUCUGGAGAGAGUUAUGGACAAUUAUGAUCAAUUACCACAUAAGAAAAUAGUGUUAAUGUGGAUGGAACAGCACCUGUUGCAAAGGCACACUUUUGUAUAGGAUCAAUGUUUAUACAAUACAGAAAAGUUCAAUCAACCAUAUCAUUCAGGUAACUAAAAUCCAUUAAAUUUGUGAAUAUCUUUGUAUAAAUAUAAAUGUACCAAUUUUAAUACUAUUACCUAUUCUGUAUGGAAGAUUACCUAAGUGGUGUGUGGGAAACUUCUUUGUAACAUUAAUGUGUAUCUAGAAACCUGACUUUACAAGAACCAAAGAUUACAGGAUCAAAGAGAUAACAACCAAGUAAUUAAGAGCUUUGUUACAUUUCUUGAAAAAAAAAAAAAUGCUAUUAAAUAUAAUAAUUACAUUUCUUGAAAAGAAAAUGUUAUUAAAUAUAAUAAAUACAUGUGUACGUAGUUAAAUGAUUCAGUAUUAUGUAAGCUAAAUGUAUGUGUAUGCUAAGAAGCACAAUCAUAAGAAUGCUCACAAACUUGAAGUAGUCUUGCAAUACCUUGUCCAGUGAUAGACGCAAGUUCAAUGGAGAGGAACGGGCCAGAAUAUAUGUAUUUAUUGAAUAAAAUAAAAUACUUUAAAAUUUA